AUGGCACCUCCUUCGUUUCCCAUCAAGCACGACUUCGUCUUCGAUCGCCUGUCGCCCGACGCGAAGCCUAACUACCAGCCAUAUGUGAAGCUCACUUUCUUCUUUAAGAAACGGCCGGAUAUCAGUCAUGAGGACUUUCAUCGGCAUUGGGAGACGGUUCACGCAGACUUGGCUGUCGGAUCCAAGGCUUUCGCCUCGUAUUGUCAUCGGUACACUCAGUACCAUUUGACACCGGCUUGCAAGGAACGGGCCCGGAACUUUGUCGAGGGCAUGGAAAUGCUCGAUUACGACGGAUGCAGUGAGAUCCUGGUCGACUCGUUUGAGGACGGCAUGGCAUUCUUCAAGAGUGAGGAAUAUGUGCAAAGUAUGAAUGACGACGAGGGCAACUGGUUGGCAAGACCUGUCCAUUUGAUUGUCGGCUAUGACAAUUUGAUCUUUGGAAAGGCGUUGCCUGUGCCCAAUGCUACCGAUGGGAUUGUGGCCUCGGACUUUCCGGAGUCUCUGCAACCAAAGGGGCAGGAGUGA